GCGAGCAACGCCGACAAUCAGUCGCUGGUUUCGAUUCUAAUCCCACGAACGGAUAUCACGGCUAUCUAUGAAUGAUCUGAAUCGAUCUCGUAUUCGCAACUUCAUCAAUUAUAUCUAUCGUCCUAUCUUCCGUAGAAUGAGAUUCAAAAUCAUUCGUUAAUUACCUACCCACAGAUCGAAUUUAAAAAUCAUUGUACAAACAGAUAGUGAUUGUGAUGCGAUAGUGAUAAGCAUAGUGAAGAAAUGUGCAGUGACUUUUGAAAGAUCGGCUGUCAGAGGGGCACUAGACACUAGAUAUCUCGAACUAUCGAGGAAGAUAUCUAAUCAAUCUGAUCGUUUUAUAAUCGAGACGCCGAAUGGAAAUCUAGAUGGUAGUGCGAGAAAUUUGAAGACUUAGGAUGUCGGAAGAACGCAUGAUGAAAACAUCGGGAAGCAAUAGAGGAUCGAUGGAAUUGGCCGAAAGUCCGAAAGUAUGCUCUUUCAGUAUCGAAAGUCUUUUAGCGCCAAGCAAGAAACCUGUCGAAGAGGAAAUUCGUGCAUCGGUUCACACCGAGACGUAUUUGCACACUCAUGAGUCAAAUGAUUCGGAGGAACGAAAAUUGGUAGCGCCGGAUUCUUCUAUGUCCGUGGCAGAAGAAAUUGAGUUUAACGAUGCCGAUUUGGUUUGUUCGACCCCGGAGUCAGAAAUGUGUUACGAGGCGUGUACUAGUAGCAGCGGUGCCAAUUCCACAAGCGCAGAUAAAGAAGCUCACGAAAAAAAUGACAGCGCCAUUAGCGAUGACGAGAGAAAGAAAAGACCUCGUACGGCGUUCACCGCCGCACAAAUUAAAUCAUUAGAAGCAGAAUUCGAGAGGAACAAAUACCUAAGCGUGGCGAAGAGGUUACAGCUCAGCAAAAGUCUGAAGCUGACUGAAACUCAGAUUAAAAUUUGGUUCCAAAAUAGACGUACGAAAUGGAAACGAAAGUAUACAAAUGAUGUAGAGCUCUUGGCGCAACAGUACUACUCUAGUUUGGGUAUUCCUGCACCCCGACCAAUUUUCGUCGAGGAUCGUCUGUGGUUUUUUAAUUAUCCAACGCAAUUGCAACCAGGAGCACCGAUUUUUCCACAGCACUUAGCAACUGUUCCUUUACCAUCUGCUUUGCCUAUUGUGCAGCCAUUGCCAAGUAAUUUAACAAUGGGCCAGCAGACCUCGAUUUUUCAAAAUAUCUCCACCAGUAAUCCGACAUAUCAUUUAAACCAAAGAUUAGACUUUAGGCAUCAAGAUUCUUAAACAUAAAAAGAAUCUAGUGUUUACAUUACAUAAAAUCAGUUAAUAAAAGUUAUGUGCAACAUUGAUUAUCAUGCAGGUUCAAAUUAUUAUAAAUCGAGACGUGUGAUAUGUGUUUUUGACCGUUCUAAAGAAUGAGGAAGACAUUUCUUAAUUUCUUUGUGUAAAAUAAUAAUACCAAAAUGAAAUUAAAAUUUGUAUUAAGAACAUAUCAUCUCAAAAACAUGAUAUUUAACAAAAACUAAAUAUCUACAAUUAUAUAAUUAGAUGUACAGAAAAGAAGUAAGAUAUAAUAAAAAG